AAAAAAAAAUGGAUGAGUGGGGCGAUCCAUUGGGGGAAUCGGGAUUGGAACCGUGGUUUGGUCUCUCUCUCUCUCGUCGCGGUGAAGCGGAGAGUGAGAGUGGUUUGGGAGACCAUCAUGAUACGACGAAUCUCCCAGAGAGCUUGUGGAUUCGCUAAAAAUCAAUUUCUCAAAUCGUCUCGAUUCCACGGCGAGUCCCUCGAUUCCUCUGUCUCCCCUGUUCUCAUUCCUGGCGUUCAUGUCUUCCAUUGUCAGGAUGCUGUUGGGAUUGUAGCAAAGCUAUCAGAUUGUAUUGCAGCCAAAGGCGGUAACAUACUUGGCUACGAUGUUUUUGUUCCUGAAAACAAAAAUGUCUUCUACUCCCGCAGCGAGUUUAUCUUUGAUCCGGUUAAGUGGCCGAGAAACCAAGUGGAUGAAGAUUUUCAAACCAUUGCGCAAGCAUAUGGUGCCUUGAACUCGGUUGUGCGUGUGCCUUCUAUAGAUCCCAAGUAUAAGAUAGCUCUUCUACUCUCUAAACAGGAUCAUUGUCUUGUCGAAAUGUUGCACAAAUGGCAGGACGGGAAGCUGCCCGUGGAUAUUACCUGUGUCAUAAGCAACCAUGAAAGAGCUUCAAACACUCACAUUAUGCGGUUUCUUGAGAGGCAUGGCAUCCCAUAUCAUUAUGUAGCUACAACAAAAGAGAAUAAAAGAGAAGAUGAGAUUUUGGAAUUGGUUAGAGAUACUGAUUUCCUAGUUCUUGCAAGAUACAUGCAGAUUCUGUCCGGUAACUUUCUGAAAGGUUAUGGAAAGGAUGUAAUCAACAUCCAUCAUGGUCUCUUACCAUCAUUUAAAGGCGGAAAUCCUGCAAAACAGGCAUUUGAUGCAGGUGUCAAAUUAAUUGGAGCAACAAGUCACUUUGUUACCGAGGAACUGGAUUCAGGGCCUAUCAUUGAACAAAUGGUUGAGAGUGUUUCCCACCGAGACAACCUAAGGAGCUUUGUCCAGAAGUCCGAGGACCUAGAGAAAAAAUGCCUCACGAAAGCUAUAAAAUCAUACUGCGAACUACGGGUAUUACCUUAUGGCACAAACAAGACUGUUGUAUUCUAGUUACAAAAGCAAUGACUAUGAUUCUCAUCUGAUUUUUUUUAUGAACGAUUCAAGAGAGUAUUAUACCAAUUCUCUGUAAGAUUGAUGA